AUGGAGCUUUUCGACCCCUGUGUUAUCUACAAGUUCUUCAUUGACAAAGCCUUAUGUGAUUUAGGAGCUAGUGUUAGCUUGAUGCCUCUCUUGAUCUACGAGAGGUUGAAUUUAGGUGAUUUGAAACCCGCAAAAAUAUUUAUUCAGUUGGUUGGUCGAUUAGUAAACUACCCAGUAGGAAUAGCGAAAGACAUCCUAGUAAGAAUCGGCCAGUUGUAUAUUCCUACAUAUUUUGUAGUGAUAGACAUUAAAGAGGACUCCAAUAUCCCGAUCUUGUCAAGUAGACAUUUCUUAGCUACAAUCAGUGUUAUAAUAGAUGUAAAGAGAAGAAAGCUUACAUUCGAGGUUGGUCAGGAGAAGAUUGAGUUUAUAUUGUCCCAGUUUAUAAAAGCCUUUUCUAUUGAUGAUAUGUGCUUCUUUAUGGAUAUAAUUGAUGAGUGUUUAAAAGAGUUGUCGUUAGAGGCACCACCCACUUAA